AUGCAUCCUCAUAUUGUCUGUCAGAGUGCAGUAUUUUCUGUUUUUCACUUUAAGCUUGUGCUAAGCUGCUGGUCCUUCAUUUCUUUUGUAUCCCCAAAAGCUUAAGUUUUUGAAUUAAAGAUUUGAGCUUUAGAUUUCCUUAAGGGUGUUUGCAGAGUCUUUGAAAUAAUUGAAAAAGUUUUGAACUUUAGAUUCUUGAUGCACCUUUCUUCUUCCAAUGUGACUGCCAAAGCUAAGUUCUUGAAGGGUUUUAAAUUAAAGUUUUGAGCUUUAGAUUUCCUUUUUCUUAUGUGACUAUAAUAGAUAAGCAUUUGUGGGUUGAGGGUGUUGCACAUUCUUGAAAUAUAGUUAAAAAAGCGCAGCACUUUAGAUUCUUGAUGCCCCUCUCUUCUUCUUUGUAUAUAUCCAAAAGCUUAAAUUUUUGUGAGGUUUUGAAUUAAAGUUUUGAGCUUUAAGUUAGCUAAGCUUUUGUGAGUUGAGGGUGUUUCAGAUUCUUUGAAAUAGUUUGAAUAAUAGAUUCUUGAUGCUCUUUUCUUCUUCAUAUGUAACUACAAAAGCUAAGUUUUUGAGGGGUUGGGGGCAUUCAGAGUCUUUACAAUGGUUAAAGAUUUGAGCUUUAGGUUCUUGAAAAUGGAGGGUUGGUGGAUUUUUUAUCUGAGUUUCUUAGUGAGUAUGUUUCUGUUUUCAGAAGGCACUGUUCUUGAUAAUGAUAAGCAAGCAUUGUUGGAUUUUGUUAGCCAGUUUCCACAUUUGCACCCUUUAAACUGGGAUACAAAUUCUUCAGUUUGCAAGAACUGGACUGGAGUGGGUUGUAAUGAAGAUGGUUCUAGAGUAAUAGCACUUAGGUUACCUGGGGUUGGGUUUAAUGGUCCAAUUCCUAAUAAUACACUUAGCCGUUUAACUGCAUUGCAGAUCUUGAGCCUUAGAUCUAAUGGUAUCAAUGGUACUUUCCCUAUGGAUUUUAGUAACCUCAAAAACUUAUCUUAUCUUUACCUUCAUUACAACAAUUUAUCAGGUCCUUUGCCUUUUGAUUUCUCUGUUUGGAAAAACUUGACUAGUUUGAACUUGUCAAACAAUAGAUUCAAUGGCACUAUACCUAGUUCGAUAUCGGGUUUAAGUCAUCUUACUUCCUUGAAUCUUGCUAACAACUCACUUUCUGGUAACAUUCCUGAUUUGAACUUGCCCAACUUGCAGCUACUGAAUUUGUCAAACAAUAACCUUAUAGGUGCUGUGCCAAAAUCACUUCAAAGAUUCCCAAAAAAUGUGUUCAUUGGUAAUGAUGUGUCUUUACUCGACUACCCCGUUUCGAAUUCCUCUAUUGUUGCCCUGCCUCAGCAACCAAAUCCGAAAUCCGAUGGUAAAUUGAGUGAGAGGGCUUUGCUUGGGAUUAUAGUAGCUAGUAGUGUAAUUGGGGUUCUUGGAUUUGGUUUCUUGAUGGUUGUUUGUUGUUUUAGAAGAAAAAAAGAAGAUGGUUUAUUUCCUGGAAAGAUGGAGAAGGGAGAUAUGUCUCCCGAAAAGGCGAUUUCGAGGAGUCAAGAUGCUAAUAAUAGAUUGGUUUUCUUUGAGGGUUGUAACUAUGCAUUUGAUUUAGAAGAUUUGCUUAGAGCUUCCGCCGAGGUAUUGGGGAAAGGCACGUUUGGUAUGGCUUAUAAAGCGAUAUUAGAAGAUGCUACCACAGUGGUUGUGAAAAGGUUGAAGGAUGUAGGUGCCGGGAAAAAGGAGUUUGAGCAGCAAAUGGAGGUUGUGGGAAGUAUAAAACACGAAAAUGUAGUUGAGCUUCGAGCAUAUUACUAUUCGAAAGAUGAAAAGCUUACUGUCUCUGACUAUUUCAGUGAGGGUAGUGUUGCUGCAAUGCUCCAUGGUAAACGAGGAGAUAACAGGGUCCCUUUAGAUUGGGAAACUCGACUUAGAAUCUCCAUUGGUGCAGCGAGAGGUCUUGCUAGGAUACACACGGAGAAUGGUGGCAAGCUAGUUCACGGAAACAUCAAAUCCUCAAACAUCUUUCUGAACUCUAAACAAUUCGGUUGUGUAUCUGAUGUUGGUCUGUCAACAAUAAUGAGCUCGUUAGCUCAUCCAGUUGCUCGUGCUGCUGGUUUUCGUGCCCCAGAAAUAACAGACACCCGGAAAGCCACUCAACCAUCUGACGUGUUCAGCUUUGGUGUGUUGUUAUUGGAGCUUUUGACAGGCAAAUCCCCCGUCCAUACAACAAAUGGAGAUGAGAUUAUACAUUUGGUCCGGUGGGUCCAUUCAGUGGUCCGAGAAGAGUGGACUGCUGAAGUAUUCGACUUGGAACUAUUGAGGUACCCGAAUAUAGAGGAAGAAAUGGUGGAAAUGUUACAGAUAGCUAUGUCUUGUGUAGUAAGGAUGCCAGAUCAACGACCAAAAAUGUGCGAGGUCGUUAAAAUGAUCGAGAAUGUUCGUGUUCGUCCUACUGGCAUAGAGAAUCAGCUUUCAUCUGAAGGAAAAACAGAAAAUUCAACACCAAGAGCAGCAGCCACACCUGUGCCUGAGACACAAUCUGAUUCUCAAUGAGUUGCUAAAAAUCAUUGUCUUGCUAGCCAUUUUUAUCACAGUUUACCAUCUUAAUUCAUGUUGAAAAUGCUUACUUCACUCUCUCAGUGAACAAUUUGAAUAUUUGUGUAACCUGAUCCCACUUUUUUUUUUUUUUUUUUUAAGGUACUCUUAAACUUGUAUUCUGAUUAUAAAAUUUAAGUUCUCUUUCUCA